GGCCUUCCUUGCACUAAUUGUUGAUAGAUCUUUCACGCUUUUUGAUCCAGGAGUCUCUAACCUCUCUCACCCCUCCAUCUUGUUGCUGUAUUAUUACGUUCCCCAAUGGCUAUCGCGUACAACACUACGCAUUACUCGGGGUUCCAAGUCCUGAGCACGACAUAUAAGACCAUUUCCAGCUUCUCUGUCACCUCCGAUGUCCUCAUUCCAAAUUACCUGACUGAACCGACAGCGAACUGCCCUAAGCAGGCCCCGAUCAUGCUCCGCUACCACGGCGGCGGCUUCAUCACCGGCGCUAGCCUCACCGAAAGUUUCUUCAAUCCCUGGUAUAUGGAGCUCGCCAACCGUCAACAAGCCAUUAUUGUCAGCCCUAACUAUCGUCUCGCUCCCGAGGCUUCUAUGGACGACAUAAUGCAGGACAUCGAGGAUCACUGGAAUUGGAUCCACACUGAUCUUCCAGCUUUUAUACACCAGGAGACCGCCGGGGGUGUCAACGUCGACACAGGCAAGGUUCUGGUGGUUGGCGAGAGCGCUGGCGGCUAUCUCUCUGUCAUGACUGGGCUUUCUCAUGCCGAGGAUAUCCGCGCCGUUGUGGCGUCGUAUCCGGUCAUUGAUGUUACCGACCCGUACUAUGUGGAGACAGCCACCAGGCCGUACAUGGGCGUUGGUCCCCUGCCACGCAGUCUAUUAGAUGAGCAUAUCGACAGGGUCCAUCGAGGCGAGAUCCCCGCUGUCGUAUCUGAGGAUUACGCGCUCGAGAGGGCACCCCUGAUGUUCGCCGCCAUGCAGAAUGGGUUCUUCACAGAGCUCUUCCCGGCCAACCGGCACGAGCUGUUCCCGCUCCAGCGGCUGCGCGAAGGGGCCCAGUUUCCACGCGGCGGCCUCUUUGUAAUGCAUGGAACUGACGAUACCCUGGUGCCAUCGCGAGGCAGCGUUUUGAUGGAGCAGAUGUUGGUUGAGGUUGACCCCGAGCUCAAUUUCCGCCUGACCAUGCGCCCGGGCGAGCACGGCUUUGACAGUACUGUCAAGCUUGACGAACAGUGGUUGGCCGAGGGCCUCGCCCCUUUGGUGACAGCUUGGUUGAGCUGAUCAUCUUGGUUGUCAACCUUCGACGGUUCUACACUAGAAUUCGGCUUGCAUGGAUGCCGCCCUAAAGUUGAUAUCGAUUAGGAUUCUGGAUAUGUGUUACUGAUCAGGGGGUUUUCUAAGUCUGCCGGUCUAUUGUGUUACGUGCUGGAUUGCUCUGAAAGCACUGUAAUAAACGCUACUUCGGUUCACUAGUACCCUUAUGACGAUAGUCAGAUCCUGCAGAUAAUCUUACUCUCUCACUCUCUCUCUGAUUUUCUAUGUCUUUCCUGACUGCUUUUUAUGUAGACUACUACACUAUAUGCUCACCGCCUGGGACGGUAAACUCCUACUUAGGGUUGCAUCUUUAGUUAGGGCGCGCUGUGCUUGCUGUUUCUUCUCUUGAUGCCUUUGUUUCUGAGUGUUUCUUGUUGGCUUUCGAACAAGAGUCGUGCCACCUUCUUUCUAUCUUAGGCUGUCUUGGGCAACAGCUGUCUUGGGCUCGCCAUUACCUCUACCUAAAUUUCCUAACGAUGCAAGUAAACCUGGUUGAUCUGUUUCACUUGCAUGAUUUCAAGCUACUAUGCAUUUUGC